AUGAUUUCUACGCGACACCAUCCUAGCGAAUUCCCCUCGCUCGACACCGGGAAAGAGCUGUCCAAGCCACCAGCUACUACCAACGCCAAUUCGCGCAAAUGGACCCAUACACCUGCCGCGGCGCUGACAAUCUGGCUCGUCAUUUCAGUUCCCUUGGUCAUAUGGGACACAGGCUAUGUAUUGUUGCGACCGCAUACUAUGCCCGGUGGAAGUCUACACUCUCCGAUCUGGACACCUUACGCCCUGUACGGAGAGGUUGACUAUAUCUACGGCUGGCCCGCCUUCAAUGCGCGCAAUGGCUUUACUGCUGCUCAAACUAUCAUGAAUAUUUUCGAGACUAUCGGUUAUAUAUCCUACCUCUGGAUUGUCUACCACUAUGGGUCGACGAUUAGAAGAGCCGGGUCGCAAAAGAUCACCAAAGGAUUCACCUGGUUGCUGAAGGGAGAGAAGGUGGUCGCUGGGCGCAUCGGUGCGAUCGCGCUCCUGGUCGCUUAUACCGCUUCUGUCAUGACUCUGAGCAAGACUAUCCUUUACUGGCUCAACGAGAUCUUCUCCGGCUUCGAGAACAUCGGUCACAACGACCCGCUCACUCUCUUCCUCUGUUGGAUCCUCCCUAAUGGUAUGUGGCUCGUGUUCCCUAGCUACAACAUCUAUAUCCUCGGAGGUGAGAUUUUGAACUCGCUUGAGCUCGCAACACCGCGCCAGAAGGUUGGACGCCCAAAAUCCACAUAG